AUGGAACAGCCUAGCUUGGUACGAGCGAUCUCUGUUCUUACCCGAACGCAAGCUGACCAGCCAAAGCAGCAGCAGCAGCAGCAACGUGAGCCUGCGGUUGACAUGCACACUCAGGCCUGGCCGACCGAUGGUCUCCCGAGGAGGCUGAAUCCGCACACGUAUCCACCUGCAACAGGCGGGUUCUUCUCUAACACAUCGCCUUCCGAAGUUGGAGGCGGCUACAACUCGAUGUUCAUGAACACAAUGAACGCCCAGGCGUAUAGCCUCAACCAUAGUCUGCCUAUGGCGUCACCCAUGAUCAUGUCAGACGCAGACUACCAGAGCGGGUUGAACAACCAGUUGGACUACACGGGCACGCUGGCGGGACGUUCGACGAUGGUGAAGAGCGAGACGAACUACACCGACGGUGCACCAUGGGCCUUGCCAAUGCGACAGCCUGUUCUGCUGCAAUCCGCUGGCACGGCGGACGUCUCUGACUUCGACACGGCAACCUCUUCCUUGUCCCCAAGGAGCACUUAUUUCAGUGAGCCCUCGGAGCGCGGCGCGACAUAUUCGCCCAUUCCUGGACGCGAAAAAACGAGUGCCAGUGGCACUUGGGCCGAGCACUCGUCCGUAUCGCCCAGUCAAGUCAAGCAGUCACCGUCCCAGUCGAUCUCGCCUGGCUUUGGUCCGCAGCUCACAUACGCGGUUGGUGGAGGGAUGGGGAGUGGUCCAUCGUCAUCACACUCGGCUACUGUCGGUAUCGCGCCCUCCGUAGGGCGGCAAUACGAGACUGGGUUUGGUUCGCAGGUCGACCAGUUCAGUCUAACUUGGGCAACCUCGGUGGGCCAGACUGAUGGCGUGGGUUCGAUGGCCUGGCAGCCUUCGAUGUACCAGGAGAUGCAGCAGUCCCCAUACUACAACACGGGCUUUGUCAACCCUUUCCAGAACAGCGCUCAUCACUCACACACCCACAGUUCUGGGUCGAAUGCACGUGCAGGAGCGGUCGUCCAGAGCCGUGAGCCAUCCCACGAACUGCAACGCCAGGUGCGUAGGCAAGAGACGAACGGAGUUUCCCGCUCAACGGUGGAACAGUCGCAACGUGAUGCAGAGAACCGGAUCCUCAUGGAUGGCAAAGCAGCGGAGUUGACCUACAAGGAGAUUCGUGCUAGAAUCGUCGCACGAUUUCCAGGCAGCGAUGUUGCUGAGUCGACUUUAAGAGGUCGGCACCGGUCUUUGACGAAACAGAAGAAGGACCGGGUUCGCAAGCCGACGUGGACCUCGAAGGAUCUGGUGGAAGCUAAAUUCACGUCUGCAAGAGCUUCGCAGGCGCUGGUCUUCUCUCCGACCGAGCUCUCCAUCAUUCGCACGUCUGCUGGGAUUCCCUUCCAAUUGCGAUACUGCCCCGCCCUCGCGAAGAAACCCGAGCCGCGCAAGGAAACCACGCCGAAGAAGAAGGUCGACCCUUUCGAGAACCCACCCGCCGAGCUCUUCAUCACCGACGUACCUACAACGAAUCCGAGCCACUUCUUGGUGCUGAACAAGUUUCCCGUUAUAACGAAUCACUUCAUACUUGCGACCAAGUCGAACAAGCAACAAACACAUGUGUUGGAGGAAGACGACCUCGAGGCAACGUACGCCUGCCUAAAAGCAUGGCAAGGCAAGGACAAUAGCGGCCGCCUGUUCGCCUUCUUCAAUUCAGGCAACCAUAGUGGAGCUAGCCAGCCGCACCGGCAUCUGCAGUUCCUCCCCGUAGAUAGCAUGCACGAGGGUGAGAAGUCGGCUGGAUGGGAUGUGCUCAUAGAUUCUAUCUUAUCCAAUGGGGCGGAAGAUGCUUCGACCAAGGUUAUGCAGCAUGAAAAGCUUCCCUUUACACAUUUCGCAUACAGAUUCCCUUCCGAGCCAUCUGCUGCCCAGCUCCUGCAAACGUACAACUUCCUGUACCAACACGCAAAGCAAGCCAUUGAUGGCUACAUCUCAACUCAUCCCGGCCAGCUGAGUUUACACGAGUCCGAUGGUGGAGACCUACCAAUCAGCUAUAAUCUGGCCAUGACGACCGCCGGUAUGGCAAUUAUUCCUAGACGCAGUGAGGGUCACAUGCUGCGACGUGAUGACGGCACCGACAUCGGAUUUGUACAAUUAAACGGCACCGUACUUGGGGGCACGCUCAUGGUCAAGUUCCAAGAGGAAUGGGACAUUCUUCGACAACAUCCGGAGAAACUUGAUGCUAUUCUUGAAGCUAUUGGACUACCCAAGCCUACCGAAACCACCAAGCUGUGA